AACGUACCUGUAUCAAAAAUUAAGAAAAGUAAAAGUAAUUUCGAAGAUGAGCAGAAAAAGAGUAGAGAAGAUUGGAGAAAAGCUAAAGAGUUAGAAGAAGCAAGAAAAGCUGGUACAGCACCAGCAGCUGUAGAUGAAGAAGGCAAAGAUAUCAAUCCACAUAUUCCACAAUAUAUUAGUGCCACACCAUGGUAUUUUGGAGCGCAGGGCCCUACUUUAAAACAUCAAAGACCACAACCCGAGAAACAGAAGCAAUAUAGUAGCAUAGAUGAAUGGUACAAACGUGGUGUGGAUGUAUCUAAAGCAGUAACAAAGUAUCGCAAAGGUGCCUGUGAAAAUUGCGGGGCAAUGACUCAUAAAAGAAAAGAAUGUAUGGAACGUCCUCGUAAAGUAGGAGCAAAAUUUACAAAUGUAAACAUUGCACCUGAUGAAUUUACACAGCCUGAAUUAUCUAUGGACUAUGCUGAACGGGAUAGGUGGGCUGGAUAUGAUCCUUCACAGCAUAGAGCUAUUGUUGAAGAAUAUCAAAAGAUUGAAGAAGCAAAGAGACAUGCGUGCAGAGCAAUUAAAUGCAGAGAGAAUGAUGAGCAAGAUUCGGAUAAAGAUGAAGAUAAAUACGUCGAUGAAGUUGAUAUGCCUGGAACAAAAGUAGAUUCUAAACAGCGAAUUACUGUUAGAAAUUUACGAAUUAGAGAAGAUACAGCAAAAUUGAGAAACUUAGACCCAAAUUCUCUUACUAUGAUCCUAAAAACAAGAUCCAUGCGCGAUAUCACUUACGUUGGUACUGAAAGAGAAGUGGAUUACAAGGGUGAAAAUUUUGUUCGUUUUUCGGGAGAUACGCAGCAGCAUGCAAAUGCUCAAUUAUUUGCAUGGGAAGCCCAUGAAAGGGGUGUUGAUGUUCAUUUACUUGCUGAACCCACAAAAUUAGAGUUACUCAAACAGGAAUACGAUAAGAAACGUGAUGAAUUAAAAGACAAAGCCCGUGAUAGCAUAAUUAACAGAUAUGGCGGUGAAGAACACCUUGAUGCCCCACCACCUUCUCUCUUGUUGGCACAAACCGAACAAUACGUAGAAUAUUCAAGAUAUGGAAAGAUUAUCAAGGGACAAGACCGACAAGUAAUUAGGUCAAAAUACGAGGAAGACGUAUUUCCAAAUAAUCAUACAUCCGUUUGGGGAUCUUAUUGGCACGCAGGCAAAUGGGAUACACAAAUGUUGUCAUUCUUUUAUAAAAAUUCAUACUGCACAGGGGAAGCAGGUAAAAGGGCACUGGACGCAGCAGUUGUUGAAAUAAAAAUGCCUUUAAACGAGGAGCAAAUGUCUGAUGAUAAUGAAAAAGCAGAAUCGUCUGAUGAAAAGUCGGCAAGCAGUGAUAGUUCAUCCGAUGAAGAAGAAAAACUAUCAAAAAGUAGAAAGAACGCAAAGACUCUUAAGAGGAAAAAUAAAAAGCAAAAACAAAAGGAGAGGAAGAAAAAUAAGAAGAAGGCUGCCAAGAUGCAAGAAGAAAAUAAAUUACAACAAGCGUUAAAGAAGGAAGAAGAAAAUGAGAAAGAAGCAGAAAGAUUGAUGCAACUGGAUGAAAGAAAACGGCCGUAUAAUAGCAUGUAUGAAGUAAAAAGACCAACAAUGGAUGAAAUUGAAGCGUUUCAGAUGAAACGAAAACGUGAUGAUGACCCUAUGGCAGAAUUUCUUAAUCAGUAAUUGAAAUAAGGAAUUUCAUUUAAAAAUAUUAAAUGUUCUUAUAAUAUAAAUGUAAAUAACAUGUAUUUUAUAUUAUUUCGUUGUAUGUACAUAGAUAUGAUAUUUUAAGUAGCUAUAUGAAUGUAUAAAUAAACGUAAUUAACUUUUACCUUAUUA